AUGGAUGAAUACACAGACAAGCUGGAUUUGACUAUUCCCAAAGUGACAGAGGCGACGAGCACUGUGACGUCGGAGUAUCGAAACUGGGUUGGGCCACACCCCGUGUCUCCGGACGGCGCGUGCUACCGUGAAGCUCACUUUAUGGACACCUGCCCGAGUAACUUUGAUCGCAACGGAGCUACCAACACGUGCUGGGCAGAGUGUCCGCUCGCCUACCCUGUAGAAUGUGGCAUGCAAUGCAUCCGCCAGAGCGAUGACUGCGCGAUGGAGACGCUUAAUAAGAUCGGUGCCGUUGGAAACUCGGUGAUGGCUAUUGCUGCUUUCGGUGCCUUUCAGAAGCUGUUGCAUGUAUCAGAUGGCGUGCGAUUAGCUUUUGAAUGCGCAAACAUCAUGAUCGGCACGAUGAGGUCCAUUAUCCGUUAUAUCCGUAACAUCAAGACCACGGAUCCGACAGCCUCGACGGACAAGAUCAUGAACACUCUGUAUCAAUCAGGCCUCCUAAAAUACAAUAGGCAGUAUACGCAGGCAGCUGUGGCAUCAGCAAUACAUAGUGGCGUAUCAAGACAAACAAUAAUCCGCAAUGCCGCAAUAUUCAGUGUAUUUUUGCGAGCAAGAGCUACAUCCAUCAAACAUAACACCGAAACACUCGCCCAUCUCCUCGGCGAUGGUGUUGCCGACACGUUCAGCGACUCGUUGCAUUGGGUUCUCAACCUCGCACGAGGGAGAUUCCGCUCGACAAUCCAGCGUAGCCAGUCGUACAUGUGA